AUGUACGACAUGAGUGCGGCCAGCAUUCUAGAUCUGCAGACGUGGAUCGUCUACCAACGCAUAGCCGUAGAAUGUGCAAAUUGUUUAUUUAUGACGGAUAAUGCCUUCAAAGCGAAGGACAUUGGUCUGCGAGCGCAGAAGAAGAUCCUGUCUCGUAUGGCGAGCAAAAACGUGGCAAAGGUGUUUAUUGACGGAACGACCGCAUCUCUGCUGGACAACGUCUACCGGUUGGUGAAGGUGCACACUGGCAGCAAAAAGGACGCCGAACGGUUGGUGAAGAACAUUAUCAAGAUCGUGAUCAAGAUCGCGGUUCUGCAUCGGAACGGUCAGCUGAAUGCAGAUGAGCUACGACAGGCGGAACGUUUUCGCACAAAAUUCCAGACACUCCAGAUGGCGAUCCUUUCCUUCUACGAGGUAGACUACAGCUUCGAUUUGGGCUAUCUGCAGAAGUCCCUCGCCGAUUGCCGGAGCCUGCUACGAGCGUGCGUUGUGCGCCAUCUGACGGACAAAUCGCUUGGUCGCAUUGACGAGGUGUUCGACACAUUCGCCGAUUCCUCGCUGCUCGAGACGGCUUUCCGACAGGACUCACCGUAUCGGGAGAUCAUGGACAAGAUCGUGCUCGAUCUGAACAAGGCGAUGGAAAACGGUGACAUUUAAUGCUAGCCGCCGCUUUGGAAGCUACCCUUUGAGGCGUUAAAAGAGCCCAGGGUCAUAGCACCGUGUGUAGCUUUGCACGCAAGAUUUCCUCAACCGAAGAAGCACCACCAUCGCCAGCUCGCUCAGCUGCAGGAGUUCGCGCAGGACCGUAGAAAUGCAAAAGAACCCGCAUAGGCACCGGGCACCCGCGAUUGGGGAGUUAUUUCAAGUCCAAAUCAUAAAACGAGUCACACGUCGGCGAUAAGAGAGCUUCAUCGUUUCAGCUAUUAUUUAAAAACGAUCGUGUUUAAUUUAAGUUUCGAAUAGCUACGUAGUUGUUAGGCUGCAGCAUAGGUUAAGUGGCGAUCGUGCGAUUAAGAACACGCCUCUAGAGUACGAUAGUCAUUCUACGGAGGCAGGAGAGACAGAGCAAAAAAACGGAAGAAAAAAGGAAAUUGUACGCUGGUUUUCGUCCAUAUCAAUUAGGCUGGAUAGGAGAGAAAUACCAGCACAAGCAGACACAUUUUCAGAGCAGUAUUUACAGUAGUAUUCAAGACUACUAAUGCAUCUCAUAACUACAUCACGCAUCGGUAAACGAUGACACCGGUAGAUGUCCACUUAGGGUCAGUCUCGUAUGCACGAGUUGAGGCUUAAAAGCACGCCAGCAUGCUAAACGGAAUCAGUCUACCAGGUAUAACACCGUUGUCCCUCACAGAUUCAUAUCGUGCGCAAAAAGCAGUCGAAGAAAAAGUAGGAAAGUAAGAAAAAACUAUCUCAAAACUAACCAACCAACUGCAACCGACACAGAAUGGACCAGAGUUUUGAUGGACUACUUUUUCUCCGUUUCGAGAUUCUAUUCAACCAGCGCAACUUUCAUGCAGGCAAGCACGUAGCUUAUCCUAAUGCACCAGCGCGCCAAACGUCGCGCUGCACGGAUUGCAGAAAACAUGAUUUAUUACUAGAGACACGUUUUGCAGAAAGACACACAGGAGAGAUUGUUGAAUGUCACUUUAGGAUUCAGAGCGAGUACUGCUAAAGAUUUGCAAGUUUGGAAAGGAAUUGCAUAAGUUGUUUGUAGUUAAGGGUUGCUUGAACGAUACCAUAUGUUUGCGGAGAAUCCGCAAGGGAAGAUACGGCUUAUGGACAGCACAAAUAAUCGUCGUUGUUAGUUGGUUAUGUAUGUGUGCAGAGAGGACUGUUGAUAUUAAAUGGAAUAAAAAUGAUAUUUUGAAUGGGCACCUUA